CCUCCCUGAGAGGGAGACCCAGGAACCAGACACCCUUCGCCCACAGGUGCCGAGCUUGGCGAGGCUGAGGCAGGAGGAGGCCGCGCCCAUGGGGUCUCAGCAACCACCACUGGCCGCCCUGUACCUGCUGGGGGUGCUGGUCACUUCCUGCCUGGGAGGGCCCAACGUGGAGAACUCAGGGCUCCGGGUGAGACUGACAAGCUCCAACUCGCACUGCCAGGGCCAGCUGGAGGUCUCCUUCAAGAACAACAAACCGUGGCACACGGUGUCUAGCCGGAGCUGGGGGAAGAACCCGAACCACUGGGAGGACCCCAAGCAGGCCUCGAAUCUCUGCCGCCUGCUGUCCUGCGGGGAGGCCGUGGCCUUUGCCCACUUCCCUGACUUCAACAGUCCCAAGAACCAGAUCACCUGCCACGGAUUCGUGGGGUCCUUCUCCAACUGCAGCUUCAGCAACGCAAACCAGAGGGACCCUCUGGGCCUGAUCUGCCUGGAGCCGCCCAGGACAGCACCUCCUCCCACGACCCCCCCACCCACAACCACUCCGCAGCCCACAGCCCCUCCCAGGCUGCAGCUGGUGGCAGGGCCCGGGGGCUUGCGGUGUGCCGGCGUCGUGGAGUUCUACUGGGGCAGCCGGGGUGGUGCCAUCAGCUACGAGGCGCAGGACAAGACCCAGGACCUGGAGAACCGUAUCUGUGAGGCCCUCCAGUGUGGCUCCUUCCUGAAGCAUCUGCCAGAGGAGGACACCGCCAGGGCCCAAGACCCAGAGGAGAGCAGGCCCUUGCCAAUUCGAUGGAAGAUCCAGAACACGAGCUGUACCUCCCUGGAGCAGUGCUUCAGUAAAGUCCAGCCCCGUGAGGGCGGCCAAGCUCUGGCCAUCGUCUGUUCUGAUUUCCAGCCCAAGGUGCAGAGCCGCCUGGUGGGACGCCGCAGCCUGUGUGAGGGGUCCGUGGAGGUGCGCCAGGGCAAACAGUGGGAAGUCCUGUGCGACAGCCCCCGGCCCAAGGGCACGGCGCGGUGGGAGGAGGUGUGCCAGGAGCUGCAGUGCGGCAGCGUCGACUCCUACCGGGUGCUGGAUGCCAUCGAGACCUCCCAUGGGCUCUUCUGUCCCCAGGAGAAGCUGUCCCAGUGCUAUCAGCUUCAAGAGAAAAAAGCCUACUGUAGGAGGGUGUUUGUCACAUGCCAUGACCCAAACCCAGCAGGCCCGGGCGCAGGCACCGUGAUGAGCAUCAUCCUGGGCCUUGUGCUCCUGGCCGUGCUGCUGGUCGUGUGCGGCCCUCAUGCCUACCGAAAACUGGUGAAGAAAUUCCGCCAGAGGAAGCAGCGCCAGUGGAUUGGCCCGACAGGAAUGAACCAGAACAUGUCUUUCCAUCGCAACCACACGGCCACCGUCCGGUCCCAGGUUGAGAACCCCGCAGUGUCGCACGUGGAGAAUGAAUACAGUCACCCUCCUAGGAACUCUCACAUCUCUGCUUGCCCAGCUCUGGAAGGGGCCUUGCAUCGUGUUUCCACCCAGCCCGAUAACUCCUCCGACAGUGACUACGAUUUGCACGGGGCUCAGAGGCUGUGAAAGAACCAGCACCAGGCACAGAACGGCAAGAGCCCGACCUUUUUCCGGAACACUCUGCAUUCGCCCCUUGGAAAUUAUUUCUGCCCCCGAACCAGGAAAUGGACCGAGGCAAGGGUGCCUUCCGACAUGUCCCACGUCCCUGCCGCCGAAUGCCGCGGGAGCCUGGCCCAAUGAGGACCCCCAAAACAGCUCGGCUGCGCCUCUGAGUGCGGGGGCCGUGAAAGGCAGAGCCCGGAGACAGACACGCGGGGAGCAGCGCCGAGAGGAAUCAGUUCUGUCCUCAGACUCUGCCCCCAGUGAGGACAAACAAGGAAGCGCCUCUCUGCCGUGGGGGUGGGGGCUCAGUUCUCCAGUGGAUGUUUAAUAUGUUCUUUGUAAAUAACAGCUUUUCUACUUCCUGAGAA